GCAGCAUUCCCGUCGCACAAGUCAACACGCCAUGACCACCACGCAGUGCCAGCCGGCAGCACCGUGCUUCGAGGCGAGCUCUGGCACCUGCGCGCUCGCUGAUGCGACGCUCGAGGACGGCCGUGGUCGACCGUUCUGUGACCGCGCUGCGGGGCUUCAGUGCCAGAACGGCAACAUCUGCUACGACAGCUCGUUUGGCUGUGUCUGCUCUGGGCUGCGCCCGUGUCGCCAAGGCACGGGAGCCUGCAUGCCGUCUUCUGCAUCUUGCUUUGCAAGCACGAACGCUUCGGCGCUUCAAAAUUGCGUCGGCGGGUCGUCUGGUGCCGCCAGCUUAGUGAAUUCGCUAACGACAACAAUGCCGGCGGCGACGGCGACGCCGGGCGGUACCGACAUUGUGUCGACGAUCACAACGUGCGCACUCGUGCUUGGCGCGCUUGUCGCUAUCGCCAUCGUCGUCUUUGCGAUCCGCGCGCGCCGCCGCCGCCUCGCGAUGGCCGACGAGCCCGCCCUGCUCACUGACCACGAGAGCAUUCCUGCACUUCUGAGCGGCCGGCAGCGCUCUACGCGCAAGCCCUCGUCGUCGCCGCGCCCACAGACACUUGUAGGCAGCAGUGUUGGCACCACUGGCUCGGCAGUGUCGUCGUCGUCCGGCAGCAAGGGCGCGUAUGCGAUGGGCGACCUCGACAUGCACCGCGUCGACAUUGGCGACAUCACCAUCAUGCGCACACUCGCCCAGGGCGCGUACGGUGAGGUGCUCCUUGGUCGGUAUCAGGGCGCCGUCGUCGCUAUCAAGCGGCUUCUACCGACGACACAGACCCGCGACGACGUUGAAAAGUUCAUUCGUGAAGCCCAACUCGUCGCAAGACUGGACUCGACGUACAUUGCGGCGUUUGUCGGCGUCGCGUGGACCAAGCCGCAGGAGCUGCUCCUGAUGACCGAGUUCCUUCCGCGAGGCGACCUGCGAUCGCUGCUGGAAGCCGACGCCAACUUGCCGUGGCCCGCCAAGCUUCGCAUCGCCCAUGACAUUGCCGAGGGUCUUGUGUACUUGCACAUGCUCGAGCACAAGGUGCUGCAUCGCGACCUGAAAUCGCGCAACGUCCUUCUGACCGACGAUCUGCACGCCAAGCUCACCGACUUUGGCAUCUCCCGCGAGCUCGACGACGCGACCAUGACCGCCGGCAUUGGCACAUACCGCUGGAUGGCACCCGAGGUGCUCCAGGACGGUCACUACGACGAGUCGGCCGACAUGUACUCGUUCGGCGUCAUACUCUCGGAGCUGGACUCACACAAGCUACCGUACUCGGACGUCGUGACGAGCACGGGCCGACCGCUGACGGACACGGCCAUCAUGGCCAAAGUCAUGCUGGGGCAGCUCCGUCCGACCUUCUCCGAUGUGUCUCCGUCGUGGCUGCGGGAGCUUGGCAUACGCUGCCUGUCGGAGGAUCCGUACUUGAGGCCACGCGCUGCUGAAGCCGCUUACAAGAUUCAGGUUGAGCUGCGGCGCUUCGAGCACUAGUGGCAUUAAUUUAUCGAGGAAAUUCCACUAUUGUGCAAUACAACGGACGUGUGCUCUGAUGCACGAGCCAGCAA